UCCGAGCCGAUAUAAAUACCCCACCAUGACCCCACCACCUUCUCAAAACUCUUCCUUCACGCCUCACAACCUCACCUCGCCCCAACUCCUUGCUCACCUGUCCCCUCUCAACUUGCGCUCACAAAUUCGCAAUCAUGGCACCCGUAACAGAAAUCGCGUACAUAUCAUUAAAACCCGGCAUUCAGCUUACGGGGUCGAGCGACGGAGCAAAAGCAUGGGCGGAUACGAUCAAAACGAUUCAGGCGCAGGAUGGAUAUCAGCGGCUGCACUGGGGUGUGAGUAUUGAGAAUGAGAGUUUGCUUAUGCUUUUGAUUGAUUGGGAUGGCGUAGGAAGCCACCAGAAAUUCAUGGACAACCCCUCAUACGGCCCGUUUAAGAAGACAUUGGGCUUGAUAAUGGAAGGCGUCCAUCUUUUCCACAUCACGCCUACCCCGUUUCCGCCUACGAUUCUGUCAGAGGCACCCGUGAUAGAAUUCUGCGCCUUCUAUUCCCCGGACGCCUCGUUCCUCGGCAACAUGUCGCAAUUCGUAUCAAUUCUUGAAGGGGACAGAAAAGCGGGGAAGAUUGACGGGUACUAUGGUGGGAGUUAUGGAGAGGGUGUUGAAGAGGGAGUUGUGAAGCAUGCUGAGAUUCUUGAGGGGAAGGGCGAGGGGGAGACGGGAAAGGCGGUUGUGGGAUUCCUGGGCUGGGAGAGUAAAGAGAAGCAUUUGGCGUUCCGCGAGACAGAGCUUUUUAAGGAGAAUAUUGGGCUUUUGAGGGGGAAUAAUAGAGGUGCAGAGGUUUUCCAUGUUAAGUUUGCUGCUGUGUGAGAGGGAGGGAAGGAAUCGAGAGGGGGUGUAAUAUAAGUGAAAAUGAAUAAAGGUGCCUUUACUUGUAUGCUUGGCUUAAGAUAACCUAGGUCCUGUCGGUCAAGUUAUCAAAAGGGGCAUGAUCUGAUGGAAACUUCAACAAGCAAGUAUUGGCGACGUUGUCAUCUGUCUGUGCUCACACCCUCUUUCAAC